AUGGAGCAUUCUGACUUGGUGGCUGAGAUGGCUCAGGUGGAACACCUGACCACUCAGGAGAGGCUGCAUCUUGCUCGAAGACGGCGAAUGCAGCAGUUGAAACUAUGGCAACAACGGGAGAAAGAGUGGGCAAGGUCAAGGGCGAAACGCGAGAAGAGCAACAAACGCAACAUUUACUUCAACGACAGCGUGAUGCUGCUCGAGGCGGCCGCCAGAAACGACAUCGAGGAAGUGCGACGACUCUUAGCGCGCGGGGUGACACCAGACGCCACAAACGAAGAUGGUCUGACAGCACUACACCAAUGCUGCAUCGACAAUAACGAAGCAAUGAUGCGGCUAUUACUCGACCACGGCGCGAACGUCAAUGCAGAAGACAGCGAGAAGUGGACGCCCCUCCACGCUGCUGCCACCUGUGGGAAUCUUAACCUUGUCCGCAUUUUAAUACAAAGGGGUGCGAAUUUACUGGCUGUGAACGGAGAUGGAAAUAUGCCAUACGAUAUAUGCGAAGAGGAAAGGACUUUGGACGCUAUCGAGAGUGAGAUGGCAGCUAGAGGGGUGACGCAACGGUUGAUAGAUGAAACACGGGCGGCGACCGAGAUGAGAAUGCUAAUGGACGUUGCCGAAUUAGUGAAGGAAGGAAUGGACUUGGACGAACCUAGAGACAAUCAGGGUGCCACUUUGCUACACAUAGCAUCUGCAAAUGGCUACAUAAAAGUGGUGGAGUUUCUAUUGGAGCAUCGUGCGUCUACCGACGUGGUGGAUCAUGAUAUGUGGCAACCAGUACACGCGGCCGCCUGCUGGGGACACUUAGAGGUGUUAGAGCUACUUGUGCAAUAUGGCGCUGAUCUCAAUGUAAGAAAUAAGCACGAUGAAACACCCGCAGAUAUAUGUGAGGAGGGAGAGAUGCGCGCGCGUAUCCUACGUCUAGCGGUGGAGCAAGAGGAGCGGCGGAGACGCGCGCUACACGCGCACGCGCACACCGAGCGAUCCGCCACCGCGAGACGAUCUUCAUCCACCGCCAGUACUAGCAGAGUUCGGUCUGUACGUCGAACCUCGCUGCGAGAGAAACAGUUGGCAGCUAAAGCGGACGCGCGAGGCGAGGCAAGGUUAAGGGAGACAUUCGAUUCGGCAGUAGACGAUGAAUUGCAGGGCCUGUCAAAUGGCACGGAAAAUGACCAAAACAGCGCUAACCAAUUGCAACCGAGUGAACUGCCACACAAAAGGCUCUCCACCAGUUCUACCACCUCCAACCACAGCUAUGAUUCUACCGUCGACUACUCGGUACCCAAACAUACGUACAGCCAACGAGGCUCUACGCAAAGGAACAGUGAUGUCAGUGACACCAACGAAAGUAUCACAUACAUCCAACCUAAAAUUACUAAUCCCCUUUUCGGCGUGAACGCCGCAUCGCAUUACGCGCCCGGCUCGAUACAAGUCCACGAAAGUAUAAGUAUCGAGCAGAAACACUACGAAAAGAGCCUACCGAACGGCGUCAGGAAAGCACCGGAAGGCCAAGACAAUGACGCUUUCAAGUCGGAGGAUUCGCUAGACGGUAGGAAAGAGUUGGUCGUCAACCCCAAUCAAAUCGCGAUCACUGAAGGCGGCACCGCUACAUACACCACGGACAAUAAUGGUAAAAUCAAUGUUCAUGUCACCGUCAUGAUUAACGCAGGGACAUUAGCGGAUUUGAAGAAGCAAAGAGCCCAGAUAAGAACGAACGGCAGUCCAGUGGAGAACAGUCUCAGUUCAACAAAUAAUCACAGUACUAAUUCUAUACCGGAGAUGACGAAGGACAUACCUGUUCAAUUGAACCCUAUUAGCUUGUCGCCCAGUACUGGCACCGUGCCAAGAUUCAGUGGCAACACCAGCGAUGUAGUAGGCGACACUAGAUCGCACAGGUGCUGUAUCAUUAUGUAG